AUGUUCCGCGGUUGUACAGUCUGGGCCGUCGCUGGUCGUCCCCUCACACCGCGCCUCCUGCAUCGCCCUUUGCCAAGACGCGUAUACUUUCAUUCUUCACCGCGGUCCCAACAGUCCAAAUGCCCAGGCUGCGGUCAACCACUUCCUUCCCCUUUACCGGCAUGUAGCAACUGCUGGAAUGUCUUUGCCUUGCCAAAGGACAUUACCCACCACGAGCUACUUGGUCUUCCAUAUGGUCCUAACCCAUUCGUCGUUGACUUGCCUGCGUUGAAGCAACGAUUCCGUGCAGCUCAGUCGGUCUGCCAUCCAGACUCAUGGGCAUCCAAGAACCCCGAAAAACUAGACGUCGCUCAAGCUCUCUCGGCACGCGUAAAUCAUGCGUACCAAACCCUGCUAGAGCCCUUGUCCCGCAUAGAAUAUAUUUUGGAGCAACACCGCCUCCCAUUGUCGGAAACAGAGAAGGUUCAGGAUCCCGAAUUCAUGAUGGAGAUUAUGGAGGCCCGUGAGGCCAUCGAUGAGGCUGAAGACAGAGCACAAGUUGAGGCCAUUUUCGAAGAAAAUACUGGCCGUGUUGCAGAGACCAUCAAGGAACUGGAAAAGCUCGUUGAAGAGGAGGAUUGGCCGGCUGCUAAAUUGGGUGCUAUCAGGCUACGAUACCUUCAAGGCAUCCAGAGGGCAGCGAAGCGCUGGCUGGAUAACCAUUAG